UGAGCAUUUUGACUUACCCGCUGUUGUUUACCCUCAUACACGCAUUAUAUAGCGUUGGGUCCUGCCUCUGUGUCUCUUGGUUUUAUCAAGCUAAGCCAAGCGGUCUCUUAAAGAGCGAUAAAUCUGGAGAUAAGGCCGAAGCACGGGAUCAUUAGAAAAGGACCUUCGCUUCAUUACUAGCCACUCUUGAGGAGCCAGUUCAUAUGUCUACCCAGGAAACUUGUUAAACUUAAUCCAGGGCUGUAACUCACAAUUGAUUGUUCGUUAAUACUGAGUAGCUGGUUUGCUUUUCUCAUUUGUGUGAGAAAAUGAGUAGUUAUACGCUAUCAGCGACAUCGGCGGAGCAUCAAUUUGCGAACAAUUUUGACAAAGUUGCCGCGUAUCAGAACGCUCUACAGAAUAACAAGGCCAAUUUUUCAGUAAGUCAUUUAUUAGAUUUAGAGGAAUUACCAAGUGAAAAUUGUGCUAUGUACGCGAACACAGAUCCACAGCCUGGUCUUCCCACACAAGCAUGUACCCCCAACUUGAACGGCACCCCGAAUGGGGGACUGACAGAUCUGGGUGAGGAACCUCCCAGCCCACAGGACAGGAACGGACAAAAUCAGCAAUCUAAGGACUCUCCACAGAGCAAUGACGAUGAUAAAGAUGACAAAGAUGGCAAACGACGUCGAAAGCAGCGACGAAACAGAACGACGUUUAACAGUACACAGUUGGCAGCGUUAGAACGAGUGUUUGAGAGAACACACUACCCGGACGCCUUCGUCAGGGAGGAACUGGCGCGGAGAGUGAACCUCAGCGAGGCCAGAGUACAGGUAUGGUUCCAAAACAGAAGAGCAAAAUUCCGUCGAAAUGAACGUAAUAUGAUGGCCCAACGUGGAAACCUUUACGGGCGGCCAGAAAACACGCCCAUUGAACAACCCAUCACGCCCCGCCCAUCAUCUAUGAACACUGACAACCUGUCGUGGUACGCCCCUCCCGCGUACAGUCCCUCCACGACAUCAAACAGUUGUGCCCUGGCGAACCACUCCUACACCCCACCUCCCCCAAACAUCGGCUCCAGCAUUGCUUGUCUUCGACUCAAGGCGCAAGAAUACAAUAACGUUAUGCAACAUAAUCCAUACGCGCAUCAAAUGCAGCAAUGACUAGGCGGAGGGGGUGCGGGAGUGGGUGGGGUUAACGUUGUGGGUGGGGCAUUGGGAGGGGAAAAACAGACUUAUGGUAGCCCGUACGGGCAAUUUGGACAGGAAAUAAAUCAUGGAUUACAAACACAAGACAAUGAUAACUACACAAUUGCUCAGAUAUAGCCAAACGUGAAGCAAAGACGCUGUAGUUUACUUUUAAAUUGUAUGAUGUAACGUGUGUGUUACACCCCUGAUAUUGACAAGCUAUAUGACGUCAAAAUGUCACGAAACAGCUUGGAUCUCAGUUCUGAAGAUUUCAUUCGAGUGAAGAAGACAUUGAGAAGUAUAGUUCGAGGAUUUGUUGUGGACUAAUGCUUCAUUUGGCGGCCCACAGCAACUGCGUCAUUUAUAUUCUGUUGAAAGUAUAAUGGGUUACUCAAAUGAGAACUUUCGGUUGUGACACGUGCUGGAAGAUGAGAAAAAACGUCAUGCGUGUGACGUUGUAUAUUGGUUGUUGCAAUUGAGGAAUUAU